AUGGAUAAAAUCGAGCAGACAAGGAUUUAUCCAACUUUUCUCCACUUACAAUUUUCCUCGUCCCCCCCACUAAGACCUGAGUACGGACGCCCUGACACGUGGAAUCACUCAAGCGACGACCACUACGACGACCUAACUCGCGUGGGGCCCACCCUCACCACCAUCCGAGCCGUUCACAUCAGCCAACCCCUCUUGGGAACCGACAACGAGCACGCUCGUGACACGCGGGUAUCACGUGACCUUUAA